GUAAGAAAACAAAAAAGAAAAGAAAAAGUUAGGGUUUUUGUAGACUCUUACAUAUAAGUUUAGUCUUUAUCUGCUUGUGUUGUUUCAGUUCUUCCACUUCGCAAUCUGUUCCAAAUCGAAUAAACUCUAACAAAGAUGAAUAGAGAAAAGUUGAUGAAGAUGGCCGGUUCUGUUCGAACUGGUGGAAAGGGUACUGUGAGAAGGAAGAAGAAGGCCGUCCACAAGACAACUACUACAGAUGAUAAAAGGCUUCAAAGCACCCUGAAGAGAAUAGGGGUGAAUGCUAUCCCUGCAAUUGAGGAAGUCAACAUUUUUAAGGAUGAUGUAGUUAUCCAGUUUUUAAACCCCAAAGUACAAGCAUCUAUUGCUGCCAAUACUUGGGUUGUUAGUGGUUCCCCUCAAACAAAGAAGUUGCAGGAUAUUCUCCCUAACAUCAUCCACCAAUUAGGGCCAGAUAACUUGGAAAACCUGAAGAAGCUAGCUGAGCAAUUUCAGAAGCAGGCUCCUGAAGCAGGAGCUGGUGCAACCACAGCACAAGAGGAAGAUGAUGAUGAUGAUGCAGUCCCAGAUCUUGUCCCAGGGGAGACUUUUGAGACAGCUGCUGAGGAGACCAAGACUUCUUAAGAGUUUUUUUAUUGUGCCAUCUAUCUAUAUUUUUUAUGUCUUCAAGUUUUUUUUUUCUUUUUACCAAAAUUAAAUGUUUUAGGUGUUGUUCGAUUCUCAUGUUAUAUAUUAAAUAGUUAAAAUACUCUUAAUUUUGCUCUCAAUCAUCUAACUUUGAAGUGUUACUACCUGACUGCA